AUGGGCAACGAAGUUUGGAAUAAUGGUCAAAUUAUAUUAACAAUUCAGAAUAGAACUGCAGUCCCUUCCGACAGUCCGUUCACUAAACAUAUUUCAGUUAGUUGUGGUAUGAAAAUCCAAGAAUGUCGUCAGUUACUGUUCUUAUUAUCAGGAACUGAUGUUAAUGAUCGAUUGUCAGAUGAAGUUGCUGAGAAAUUGGAUCACCAACCUUUGGCUAUAGCUGCUGCAGCUGUAUACUUCAAGAAAGUCAACGUGAAAAAUUGUUGUCCAAAGUUUUCGUGGCAAGAUUACUUAGAAAAGUUAAAAUGUAAAAGAGAAGUGACAGAAGAACAACUUCUCAAAACCAGUUCAGCUUAUCAAUCCACCAUGUCUGCAGCGGUGUCCCUAGCUGUUGCAAAAUCUGCAGAAAAUAGUUUGAUUUUACAUCACACAUUCGAUCUUUUUUCUUUGAUCUCUUUUGAACCGUUACCACUUGAUAUCAUCACCAAAUACAUUCAACAACUCGAUCAAAACUGCGAUAAAGAAGAAAUUUAUUUGGCAGUGAAAGAUUGUUCACUUUUUCUUCUUACUGAAAUUGAAGAUCGUGAAGUUCGUUUACAUCGUGUUGUCCACGACGUAGCCAAAUCAUUGAGUAAUUGCAAACAAACUGAGACUAAAGACUAUUCUCAGUGUGACACUGCUAACAGGGCGAAAGCUCGAAGAAGAGUUCAAAACGUUGCAAAAGCACUUUAUUGCUUCAAAGUCAGGGAUGAUCAAAUCAAGGUGAUUCCACAUUUGAAGGCAUUUAAUUCAGCAGUUACAAAACUUGGUCCCGAACACACUUCAUUACAUUCAAAUACAUUAGCUUUUGAAAAGAGAGAAAUUUGCAAAAUAUAUUUGUUUUUUGGAAAAACAUUACAUCACUUCUAUGCGUUUAAAAACGCUGUUGAAUUUCAUAAUAUGAAUCUCCAGAUUUCCAGAGGCUUCGAUGCGCAAAAUUACGAGUGUUCUAUUCUUAACGAUCUCGGCUUAUUAUACCAAAAAAUGGGCGAUUACGAACAGGCUAAGGAUUAUCAUCAACAAGCACUGGCAAUAAAAGAAAAGCAAUUAAGUCCAGACAAUGUUAAUGUUGCACUUUCUUAUAGUAAUCUUGGCACAGUGUAUCGUGCUAAAGAUGAACUCGACCAGGCUAAAGACUAUCAUGAACGAGCACUGGCAAUAAAGAAAAAGCAAUUAAGUCCAGACCACGUUGAUGUUGCACGUUCUUAUAGUAAUCUUGGCACAGUGUAUCGUGCUAAAGGUGAACUCGACCAGGCUAAAGACUAUCAUGAACGAGCGCUGGCAAUGAAAGAAAAGCAAUUAAGUCCAGACCAUGUUGAUGUUGCACGUUCUUAUAGUAAUCUUGGCACAGUGUAUCGUGCUAAAGGUGAACUCGACCAGGCUAAAGACUAUCAUGAACGAGCACUGGCAAUAAAGGAAAAGCAAUUAAGUCCAGACCACGUUGAUGUUGCACGUUCUUAUAGUAAUCUUGGCAGAGUGUAUCGUGCUAAAGGUGAACUCGACCAGGCUAAAGACUAUCAUGAACGAGCGCUGGCAAUAAAAGAAAAGCAAUUAAGUCCAGACCAUGUUGAUGUUGCACGUUCUUAUAGUAAUCUUGGCACAGUGUAUCGUGCUAAAGGUGAACUCGACCAGGCUAAAGACUAUCAUGAACGAGCACUGGCAAUAAAGGAAAAGCAAUUAAGUCCAGACCAUGUUGAUGUUGCACGUUCUUAUAGUAAUCUUGGCACAGUGUAUUGUGCUAAAGGUGAACUCGACCAGGCUAAAGACUAUCAUGAACGAGCGCUGGCAAUAAAGGAAAAGCAAUUAAGUCCAGACCACGUUGAUGUUGCACGUUCUUAUAGUAAUCUUGGCACAGUGUAUCGUGCUAAAGGUGAACUCGACCAGGCUAAAGACUAUCAUGAACGAGCACUGGAAAUAAGAGAAAAGCAAUUAAGUCCAGACCAUGUUGAUCUUGCACGCUCUUAUAGUAACCUUGGAGCAGUGUAUCAUGCUAAAGGUGAAAUUGACCAGGCGAAAGACUAUUAUGAACGAGCACUGGCAAUCAGAAAAAAAGCAACUAAGGCCAGACGAUGUUGA